AUGGAAGACAAGCGUCAGCCCAACGAUAACAUCCGCGACAGUGCCGUUGACGAGCUAAAGUCCACGGCUGAAGUCGCGGAAUUCGUCGAGGAUGGUCACUCCCACACCAUCGCCGACUUCAACAAGAAAGAGGCAGCCCUUCGACGCAAACUCGACUGGUACAUCGCUCCCGUAAUGAUGAUGUGCAUGUUGAUAUCCUAUCUCGACAGAGGGAAUAUUGGUUUCGCAGCUUCCCAAGGAAUGACUACAGAAAUUGGCCUGACAGGCAACCAGCUGAAUGCAAGUCCGUUAAAGGAACCUAUUCCAUUCACCGCUGUCUCAAUCUUCUAUGCCACCUAUGUCCUUGCAGAGUUUCCUACUUCCAUAUACGUCAAGAGAUUACAAUUCAACCGAGUCAUACCGAUUCUCGUUCUCUGCUGGGGACUAGUCUGUAUGUGCUGUGGUUUUGUCCAGAAUUUUGCCGGUCUAGUUGUUAUUAGACUUCUAUUAGGCUGGUUUGAAGGCUGUCUGUUCCCUUCAAUGACAUUGCUUCUUGCGAAUUGGUAUCGCCGUGAGGAGUUGGCCCAAAGAAUAUCCUAUCUUUUCAUUGCCUCAGCAUUGUCCGGCGCAUUCGGUGGACUGAUCGCUUUUGGAAUCCUUUACAUGGACAAUGUCGCUGGGUAUCCCGGGUGGAGAUGGCUGUACAUCAUCGAGGGUCUCAUCACUCUCGUCUGGGCCGCUUGUUGUGUGUGGUUGAUCCCCGCAAACUACCAAACGGCCUACUUUCUCAACGACGAGGAGAAGAAAAUCAUGGCUGUCCGCGCCGAACUCUCGGAAUCCUACAGCGGCGGUGAUGGUCAUUACGGAAUGAAGGACGUCAAGCUCGCUUUCAAGGACAUCAAGACGUGGCUCCACGGCGUCAGUCAGAUCGCCGUCGUCACCAUCCUCUACGGGUUCGGCACGUUCUUGCCUCUGAUCAUCAAGAACGGCUUCCACUAUUCGACCAAGCAAGCCCAGUACCUCGUCAUCCCCCCCAACGUUUGGGGAGCCAUUGUCUAUGCCGUCGGUGCCUGGAUCUCGGACAAAUACCACAAGCGUUUCUGGAUCAUGAUUGUCUGUGCCCCGAUCGGCAUCGCGGGCUACGCCAUUCUCCUCAGGCAGGAUGACGUGGCCGUUGGUGUGCGAUACUUUGCCACGUUCUUGAUCGCGACCGCUUGCUUCCUGUGUACCGGUGGCAACAUCGCUUGGAUGUCAGGAAACGUUGCCCCCGAUGGAAAGAGAGCGGCGAGCCUCGGCACCCAGCUCACUCUUACAAACCUCGGUGGUAUCAUCUCGGGCCAGAUCUACGCGUCUACGGAUGCUCCAGGUUAUGUCCUGGGUCACUCAUGGUCUCUGGGCUCCCUCGCCUUUGCGUUCAUUGUCUUCAUUAUCAUUCGCAUCCUCUACGAGAGAAGAGAGACUGAGAAAGAGAAGCUUCGCCAGCAAGGUUAUGUUACUCCAGCUGGAGAGCUCACCGAUCGUUCGCCUGAGUUCAAAUAUCAACUUUAA